CACGCCACGCGCUCGUCUGUCUCUGUGGCGCAAUCGGUUAGCGCGUUCGGCUGUUAACCGAAAGGUUGGUGGUUCGAGCCCACCCAGGGACGUCGGAAGCUUUUCAGUGCCAAGCGGAGCACAACUGGAGCACGUGGAUGUUGUGGCCGCCAGUAGCAAUGAAGGUAUCGCCGACCGAAAGACAAAUAGGCCUCCGCUUCUGCAUUUGUUCUACUCUACUGACUUUCUUGGAGAGUUUAUUUGCAGGAUUGACUGGUCCGAGUGUUCAAGCUCGCUGACCCAGAGUUUAAAAAGAAACUGUGAAAAGGCAUACCGUGGUGCCACCAAAGGAAAAACCUCUAAGACUGAGCCUAAACCCAAUGAAAACCAUGACUGAACUAGGUUGUUGUGUUAAGGCAAGUUCACACCAGAGGACUGUGAGACUAACGGAAACGCUGUGGCGCUCACACAACAAGGUUUUGUCAACUAUCGUUUCUUAUCACGACUGUGCGCAUACUACACAAAACAAUGCGAAAAAGGCGUGGAAACUGCAAGACCUACGGUGAAGAGACAGUCAUGACCAAUGGCUCAAAAAGCAUUUUCUCACAUGGAUUCAUGAGAGAACUUGGCCAGCCUUUCUCUGUUUAUAUCGUUUGCACCGUGACUAGCUUGACACACUACAAGAUCAAAUGGUAAUAAUAUCAAACAGGUCUGACAAUAUUGCAGCAUCUGUGACUGCGAGAUGGGCUCUGAUCACGCAGCUGGUCUGCUCAAAAACAACAAGCAUCAGCAACUGCAACGAGCAUCGACUCGGCCACGAGCCAGAGUCUUUGCAGCGGGCCUUGAAUAUUCUGCCUGCGAUAGCAAAAUCUGUCCAGAACCCGCGUAGCGUGAGCUUGGCUUUACUCGCGCGACAUGCAAGGCAUCUGUGAUUGCCGUUCCUUCAAGAUGGGAACACCUUGACGUCAGCCAGCAAAGCACACGUGUGGGUGCCCGGCUAGCUCUCCCUGCCACCUGUAAGUCGUGGUUAUUCUUGGUUAUGACAGCCAAUCACGUUCCCCGCUGAAACCAAGAUUUGCAAGGAACGGCCAAUCAGCGUUCCCGGAUGAAACCAAGAUUCGCAAGCAACGGCCAAUCAGCGUUCCCGGCUGAAACCAAGAUUUGCAAGCAACGGCCAAUCAGCGUUCCCGGCUGAAACCAAGAUUUGCAAGCAAUGGCCAAUCAGCGCUCCUGGCUGAAACCAAGAUUCGCAUGCAAUGACCAAUCAGCGCUCGUAUCACUAUCAUGAACCUGUCUGCUAGUAACAACCAAGAAUUGACCAAUCAACGUCAAGAGCCCCCCAGAGCUUGCGGAUUACGACCGGAGAAACAUCUUCAGAUUUGCCGAGUAAUCAAAAUAAAGUAUAACGUUACAGUUUACUACAUCUUUACUACAACUUCGUACACAGUAAGUUACAUGCUUCUAUUUUUAGUACAGUAGCAAAUUUUUAAUUGUUUUAAACGAAACACCUGUACCGUUAGCCAGGCUAACAUUAGCUUUGUAAUUUAGGUCAUUAAUACAAACUUUUAAUUAAACAUCAAUUGUUAUUUUAUAUGUUGUUGUUAUAAUUGUUAUACUGUAAGUUAAUCUGUAUGUUUUAUAGAUUCACAGAGCAAUAAAGUAUAACUGUAAGUUACUACAGCUUUACUACAGCUUCGUACACAAUGGAGCCUCGCUUCAGGAGACGGGCUGAUGGCAGCCUGAAUCUUUCGGACACACUGGAAGCAGCAAAGGUGAAGGAAGCCAACAAAGGAAAGCCUUACACAAGACCCCUGUCCCCGGAGGCUGUGCUGGACAAGGCCAAGAAAAGCUUAAGUCAGCACCAUGGAGAUCCAGCUAACAGAAAGCACCUGCUGGGUUUCUUUGAAAUCCAGUUUGGUAUCUUUCGUGGGCAAACAUUCAGGUGGGUUGCAGAAAAUGCGCUAGGGUAUGCUGCUUACCUGGUUGCAUCUAUGAAGAGGGACCCCACAGGAGGCAGCAAAGACUCUCAAGAACAUGCCCACAACAAGGGGAGUUUCAGGGAGUAUAUUGAGCUCUUUCCUUCUGGCAAAAUUGCCAUUGCUAUGAAGGAAGAGCAAAAUGAUGCAAAAGCUUCCAAGCACGAUGCCCCUACUCAGCACGCUGCACCCACCCAGCACGCUGCACCCACCCAGCACGCUGCACCCACCCAGCACGCUGCACCCACCCAGCACGCUGCACCCACCCAGCACGCUGCACCUACCCAGCACGCUGCACCCACCCAGCACGCUGCCACCACCCAUGCUUCCACUGCCUCUCUACGCUCCCUCUUGGUUGGGAAGUUGCCUGACCAAAGAACCCUGACCAAGACCAUAAAAAGGAUGGUUUCCCCCAUCAAAACCACACCUUCUUUGGCCCAGGCACGUGCACGACCCUCUGCCACCCUCACCCAUCCAACUGUGUCCAUUGAGGGAGCCACAGGGCCCACAGCCACCCUCACCGACCCGACUGUGUCCAUUGAAGCCACCGCAGGGCCCUCAGCCACCCUAACCCAGCCCUCUGUGUCCACUGAGAUAGAUGACAGCACACUGCUGGCAGAGGCAACUAUGUUUGAGGAGGCACAUGUGGCAUCAAAACGAGUCUGUCUUCCAGCUGGAUGGAUACACACCCUGCCUGAAGUAGACCAAAGGUGGAUAUCCAAGGCCCUGUUCAGGUGGGCUGCACCAGGCCGUCCUGAGCUGAUCUAUAACAGGGUGGACAAACUUUGGUGGUAUCCUCCACCGGUACCACUGAAGACCAGUAGUGCUCCUUCCUUGGAGAAUUACUUUGGCCAUCCUCUGCUGCUCUGGAUGCCACGAAAGCUGUGGCAAUUGAAGCUGACCUGUCCACAUCCAGACUGUCAGAAAGACCUUCUGACCUCAGCUGGCCUGCAUCAAAAGAUCAGGGUCGUGAUUGCUUUAAAUAGUGUGUACUUUGUGGCAUCUGAGUACCUGGCCUGCCGAAGAUGUAAGAGAAAGGUCAUCAGCUGGAGCCAUGAUAUCGUCUCCCAACUCGACAUUGGCCACAGAGUGCAGUUCCCCUGCAUUCUAACCUCAAAACUUGCAUGUGACUUUCAGGUAGUAUGUUUGAUGCGUCAACGAGGCCUGGGAAACAGCAGCAGCCAGAUCCAGCGCAAGCUGCAGGAGCGUCAUGCUGAGGUCUGGUUGCAAAAAACAGUCCAAUAUCUUACAGAUUGCAAGGGGAUCGCCAGUGCUGUCACAUCAAGCCUGAUACUGCCUGUGACAUUUGAACCGCUUCCUCCAAUGCCUUCUGUCCCUAAGCACCGGUGGUUGAUGCAGGUCUAUGCCCAGGAUGUCCUGCAACGGCUGGAUGAGAUCAAGGCCGCUAUAACAUCACAAUAUGGUCGGAUCUUAAAAAUGGAUUCCACAAAAAAAGUAGCCAGAAAACUAGCAGGACCCAGCUAUGGCACCGCUGCCUGGGCAACCAAUGUUGGAAAUGAGCAUGGACAGGUGAUCAUGUCCGUGCUCACAGCAAGUGAGGGUUUUGGUCUUGGGCCAAUGAUUGAAGGCCUCAUUAGGAGAUACAGAGUGGCUGGGGUAGCUCCUCCCGAGGUACUGUAUGUGGACCGAGACUGCUGUGGCAACACUCUUCUGAGGAGGAUGUUUGAAGAGUGGGAGCAAAUGACCAUCCGGUUGGAUAUAUGGCACUUUAUGCGGAGAUUUUCUGUGGGUUGCACCACUGACUGUCACCCGUUAUAUGCCACAUUUAUGAGUCGCCUCAGCCACUGUAUUUUCAUGUGGGACCAGGACGACCUGACGGCCCUGAAGAUGGCAAAGCGUGCAGAGCUAGAAGCUGACUGGAGACCAUCAUCUGAAGCUGAUGUACUGCGCCGUAUCAGCCGUAGCGAGCUAGCCCUACAUUGCAGGAGAACCACUCGUGGGACCAAGGAGACCCUGACGAUGAUUGAGAGCCUCAUUCAGGCCUUUGAAGGAGAUGCUGGUCGUGACACUCUGGGAGUCCCUUUAAUAAACUCAGCCCGGAUGACUGAGAUCAUAAAGUCCCAGCGAAAGCAUGUGGCCUGCAUCCAGGAUCCUCAAGGUGUGCAGCUCUACAUGCAGACGGGCACUUUAAUGAAGGGAGGGCAUCGUCUGCCAACUUACCGCUGUGCCAGAGGUUCUACUUCGCUGGAGUCUUUUCAUCUGCACCUCAACAGAUUCAUCCCAGGCACGCUGGCAAGUGACACCUUUUUUCAGGCGUAUCUAUUGGAUGGACUUGCAAGGUGGAAUGAGGACCGGGCUGUGGCAGCAACAACUGAUGAGCAGCAGCCACAUUCCUAUAGUCAUCUUCUCCGUCAUGCUGCCAAUAUUCUUUCAGAGGAGGUCAUGGGCAUGAAAAUCAGCCCUUAUGUUGGGCCAAGAAAGUACACUGGUGAACUUAUCGGAGUAGAGUAUCUUUACCAGCAAACUGGUAAAGUUCUGCAGGACUACAGGUUGGCCAUUGAAGAGUCUGAGACCACUGAGGUUGCUAUAGAGGUGGAGGAAGCUUAUGAUGAACUUGAGGAGUUUCAAGACAUCACUGUCCCCACCUUUGACACAGAGCGGAUACCUUCUGCUGCUUCACAAGCAUCAGUGUCUGCAGCAUCAUCUUCAACCCCUCCGGCAACCAGACCCAAGUCAUCACUGUAUGUGUCACCAGUGAGAUCUCCUGUCACCAGCUCUACGUCAUCACUGUCUGUGGUCCCUCCAAUACCAGUCACAUCUUCUGUUUCCAGCUCACUGCACACUCAGCCAGCACUAUCUCCUGGCGCACAUAGCUCCCCAGGUAACCAAGGGUCCACAGAAACUGACCUUCCAACAUCUGAAGAGAACCCUUCGCAUGAUGAUUGUGUUGGACCCGAUAAUAUUGAAGGUUAUGGAGCUGUGCAGGACUUGGCAGAGUAUUUGUUCAACCUUAGAGAACACCGUCUGGCCUUAACUGGAGAAGAGUCUGAACAAAUCAUCAACCUAUGGCAGGCAUUGGGGGAGUUUGAUAAGAAAAAGACCACUUACUCGCCACGUCACCAAACCAACCUAAAACAGGGACGAUUCAGGGCCAGUAAGAAGAAUGUGGCACCAGGUGUGGAGAGCACCAGAAGGUGUUUCAUUGGGCCUCAUAGUCCUGCACAGAGGCCUGACUGCAACAGAGUGGUGGAGGGCAUCUUCAUAAGGCUCUGUGCUCUCUACCAAAACGCGGUGCGUGUUAAUGGAGAGAGGGUCACCCGCUUCACAAUGAUUGCACGGGUCUACAGACAUAUCCGAGAGUGCAUCCUCACCAAUGAUAGGGUGAUGAGAGAAACCACCAUCCAGCUUCCACAGAUGAACGCUUCAACAAUCUCAGACUGGUUCUCCAAGCGUGACAAGUCACAGGAUGUGGGGGUUACAAAGCAGGGUAUCAAUUUCCCAGAUGCACCCAUGGCUGGACCUGAGAAGCUUCCUGCGGCUUUGCAGAAAGGGCCGACCCUAUUUCCAGGGAGCUUGGCUGAGCCUCACCUUUUUGUCCUGCCAAGAAACACUGCUGGGGAGGCAAAACUCAAGAGGAGGUCACAACCUCCAGCCAUCUCCCAGGCACCACCAUCACAUCAAAGACUCCCUAUCAUUGCACCAGCAAUACCCGUCUCUCUGCCUUUCAUUUUGCCCUCCCUGCAGCUUCCGACAGUUGUAGAUACACCAUCUUCAGUGCCUGGAACUUCACAGGUGGUGUUCUUUAACGUACCUUUACCUUCUGCUAUGCCACCAUCAGCUCAGACACAAACAUCCAGUCAAGCUGUACCUUACUCCACUCAGCAGUACAGGAAGAGAAAACAGAUGAGGGAGGACACUGGAACUGUCACACGCAAAUAUGUGAGGAAGACAGAUGUUAUUCUUUGUAGAAAGUGCAACAAAGAGAGAAAGCCACCAUCACAUCUUCAGUACUUUGGCAACUGGUACUGCAAAGAGACUGAGACUCAGUCAUAUGCUGAAUGGAGGGCUGUGCUGGAGGGACGUGGUUAUGGGAAAAAAAAAACAGGAAAUGACAAUCCUCCAGCUCCUUAAAAAUUUCACAUUUUAUAUACACACUGUAAAUAAUACACACGCUAUACACACUGUAAAUAAUGUUAAGUUUACCUUGUUUAUGGUCAAGUUUUUUAUUGUUAUUGUUUAGGAUGACCUUUCAAAGUUGCACUACUGUGAUAAAUGUUUGUUUUGAUUUAAAAAAAAAUUUAGUCUGACAUGUCAAAGGUGCACUGCAAAUUUUUGUUUUUGUUAUUAUUAUUAUUAACAUUGAUACGUCAGAAUUGCACUACUAUGUUGAAUGUUUAUUUUAUUAAUGUUUACUAUUUAUUAUGUUGACAAUCCUCCAGCUCCUUAAAAAUUUCACAUUUUAUAUACACACUAUAAAUAAUAUACACGCUAUACACACUGUAAAUAAUGUUAAGUUUACCUUGUUUAUGGUCAAGUUUUUUAUUGUUAUUGUUUAGGAUGACCUUUCAAAGUUGCACUACUGUGAUAAAUGUUUGUUUUGAUUUAAUAUUAUUUUCUUAGUCUGACAUGUCAAAGGUGCACUGCAAGUUUUUGUUUUUGUUAUUAUUAUUAUUAUUAUUAUUAUUAUUAACAUUGAUACGUCAGAAUUGCACUACUAAGUUGAAUGUUUAUUUUAUUAAUGUUUACUAUUUAUUAUUUUAUUUUAAUAACAUUGCUGUUCUGGUUUUUUAUUUACCUUAAAAAUCUAUGCAAAUAAUAAAUGUUUAAUCCUUGCCCUCA